AUGUCUUCAAGCCAGCCGCAGACAAACGGCGUACCUGCCUCAUCCGCCAACACAUCUCAAACAGUUCCCAAUACCCAGACAACGACUGCGAGCCAACCUCCCGCCACCGCCGCCGCCGCUUCUUCUUCUCAAUCCGCACAGCCGUCAACGCACCAGCAGCCCUCGUCGGCGCCUAGACCGCGCGACUCACGACUCAUGGAGCUUCUGCUUACCUCUCAAGGCGUCACAUCCUAUGAACAGCGGGUACCCCUCCUGCUCUUGGACUUCGCUUACCGACAUACCUCCUCCGUUCUCAACGACGCAUUGCAUCUCACAGGCGACCCGUACACCACGCAAGCGGGCUCUAAACCAUCUGGCGCUGCAGGAGGUGCCAUGGCAGCCCCAUCUGGCGAUGCCAGCGUCAGCGCCAAUGCUGUGAAAGUGGCCAUUGCUGCCCGCCUGGGCUACCAAUUCAGGGGAGGAAGCAGCGGAGGCGGCAUUAGCAAGGAAUAUAUGCAGGAGCUGGCCCGGGAGCGAAACAAGGUGGCCUUACCGAAGAUUGUGCCAAACGAAUGGGGCGUCCGGCUACCAAGCGAGAGAUUCGUUCUUAGCGGGACAGGUUGGGGUCUCAAGGACGUAUGGGGCGAGGAGGGUGCAGAUGACGAAGACGACGACGACGAAGAAGAGAGCUCAGCUUCUCAGCAAGGCGGAGAUGCCAUGGAAGGCAUUGAAGGACCGGAACCUGAAGAUAUUGGUGGCGACGGUGUCGAGGGCGGGACGGUGGACGAUGUCUUUGGCGACGAUGUGGAUGCAGAGAUGGCCGAGGAGAGCUAA